AAAAUUGGUUUAUUCAAUUCAUUUGAUUGCUGCAUAAACAUCGAGUUCGAAUUUGCGAUAUUCAUAAUAUUGUUUUUGAAGACUUCAAUAAAAUGGUGCAAAUGAACCUAAGAGAAUGGUUGUGUACAUUGUUUCUAGUUAUAGAUAGAGCGUGGGUCAUUAUACCAAACCCAAUUGGGUUUCAUGAAAGUUACAGUUACGAGGUCUUUAGGCAUAGUUGGCACAACCUAUUUAAUGCACCCACAUGCAAUUAAAUCCAAUCUUACUCAUUUCAGUAAACUGCUGACAAAACUUUACCUUCAUUGCAUAACAAUCUCACAUCACAGCACAAAUAAAUACCCUUCAAUUUUUGUCAUUGAUCUUCCUUCAUAUUGAUAUUGCACUAGAAGGAGAAAAUGCUCUAAACAAAAACUAUACACAGUUAUAUAGUAGUGUACCAUUUUUAUACAUUAUGAACUUCCCAGCACAUUCUUAUCUAUUUUCCACUACAUUUCUCCGUUUCACAAUAUUUUUAGUUGUUUUUGGCAAAACAAUAGCGGUUUUGAAACUGCCGCCAAAUGUUUCGGUUCCAGCAGUGUUUGUGUUUGGAGAUUCAAUCAUGGAUACUGGAAAUAACAACAACAUGACAACACCAUCUAGGUGUAAUUACCCUCCAUAUGGGAAAGAUUUUCAAGGAGGAAUUGCAACCGGAAGAUUUAGCAACGGAAAGGUUCCCUCGGAUUUUAUAGUUGAAGAAUUAGGAAUUAAAGAGUAUCUACCAGCAUAUUUGGAUCCAAAUCUGCAGCCUUGUGAACUGCUCACAGGUGUGAACUUUGCAUCUGGUGGUGCAGGAUAUGAUCCAAUGACAUCAAAAUUAGAGGUAGCUAUAUCUAUGUCUGGACAACUAGAGUUGUUCAAAGAUUACAUUGUUAAACUUAAAGCACUUGUUGGUGAUGAUAGAACAAACUUCAUUUUAGCCAAUAGUCUAUUUUUUGUGGCAUUAGGAAGCAAUGAUAUUUCUAACACAUACUAUUUGUCUCAUAUGAGACAAGUGGAAUAUGAUUUUCCUACAUACUCUGAUUUCUUAGUCAACUCAGCUUAUAACUUCUACAAGGAUAUGUAUGACCUAGGUGCAAGGAGGAUUGGAGUAUUUAAUGUACCACCUAUGGGGUGUGUUCCAUUUCAAAGAACAAUGGCAGGAGGAAUAGAAAGAAAUUGUGUGGAACAAUACAAUGAUGCAUCUGUAUUCUUUAACAACAAAUUGUCACUUGGGAUUGAUUCUUUUAACAAGAACUUUCCAAAUAGCAGAGUUGUUUACAUGGAUGUUUACAAUCCUCUACUUGAUAUCAUUCUCAAUAACCAACAAUAUGGGUAUGAAGUGGGAAACAAAGGGUGUUGUGGCACAGGAACAAUAGAAGUUACUUAUUUAUGUAACAGUUUGGAUGUCACAUGUUCCAAUGAUUUGGAUUAUGUGUUUUGGGACAGUUUUCACCCUACUGAAUCUGUUUACAAAAAACUUGUUCCCCCUAUUCUCCAGAAAUACUUCCACAAGUUUACUUAGGUAUAAGUUUACAGAAUUAUACAAUCUUAGCAAGGAUGAUGUUUGAUUAAUAUAUUUAAAAAAAUUUAUGUUGUUUUUUAUUAGUAGAAUUCAUUUUAUCUAAAGUGUGAUACAUAUAUGAAGCUUGUUCUUGCUUGACUUCAUUCAAUUGUUCUAUAAUGUAUAUAGUAAGAUAUGGAGUAAAAAGUUCAGCCUAG